AAACAAAUUUUUUAGAGUGCAAUUCUGAACGUCUUGCUUUUGCUGUUGCCAUUUCUCAUUGUUGUUGCUGCUGUUACUGUUGCGGUGGUUGUUGCAGAGUAAAUGCCAAAGAAACUCUGCAGGUCACAAUAGAGGGUUGGAGCAAGCAGUUUCAGUUUCAACCCUCGCUUGUGCGCCUCAUUCAUUCGCUCUCUCACUCGCUCGCUCACACGCAUUUAGUUCAUAUGUGUUGUUGUAUUGCGUUGCCUUUGGCUAAAUGUUGCAGUGUGUGCAAUUGGUAGCGGCGGAGUAACUGGUUGCCCGUUUGGUAGGCUUAAGCGAUUGCUUGGUUGGUUGAUGGACGCGAUGACUGGGGGCUUCGACGGUGCUUGGCAAAGUUGAUUCAGUUUCAAAUGAGUAUCCGUCGUGUAACAACGCAGAAUCGGUGACAACGUGCAAUGACACACACAUAGAUAUACAACAAAUCGGAGUUUCAAAGGCUAGAUGGUUGUGAGCGAAAGAAAAAAACCAAGUGAUUUUAAUUAUAUUAAUAACAAAAAACAAAGAAACUAAAUAAUUGCAAUACGCACAUACACACGUAUACAUACAUAUAACUAUGUGCAUAUGCAUAUGAAUGCAAGUUGUUGUUAGUGGGAAACGAAUAAAAACUUACAUAAAGAAGUCAUAUACAUAUGUAAGCCUGGGACCCCUGUUCGUGUAGUAUAAAAACCCUAUUAUCAUAACAAGUUUUGCAAAAUAUUCAAGGCCUCGCACGUGUGAGAAUAUUUUAAUGGAACUGCUAGUUCAAAAACGCACUAAUCAACUCAGUGACUCUAAAUUUGUAUAAACGUUUUCUGUGCAAAUUUUAUUUUCGUCCGAUUCGCCAGCAAUUCUCUGGCUGCUCUACCGUCGGCAACAAAAUGAGUCUACCCAGCGGCGUGGAUAUGCAAAAUUUAAUGUCUCAACAUCCAGUUUUAGGCGCACUGCCGCCCGCGUUUUUUCUACGUGCCGCUUCUGAGCGUUAUCAGCGAACACCGAAAUGUGCGCGUUGUCGCAAUCAUGGAGUGGUUAGCGCACUUAAAGGACAUAAGCGUUAUUGCCGUUGGCGAGAUUGCGUUUGUGCGAAAUGCACAUUGAUUGCGGAGCGACAACGCGUUAUGGCCGCACAGGUACGCAUUAAGGUCGAUUCACAACUAACAGCACGGAACGAUGCGUUACAAUACUUUAGAAACUGCUAUCAAGUCGCACUGCGUCGCCAACAAGCACAGGAGGAGAAUGAAGCUCGCGAAUUGGGUCUACUCUACACCAAUGUACCGCCUGGGCAGCAGAAUGGCGUCGAAGGUGGUGGUGGCAGCGGUGUCGGCGUCCCACCAAAUCCACACAGCCCCCCGCCACCGUUGACAAAUGCCUCCGGCGCCUUUCAUACCGGCAUUCCCUCCCCGCCCAGCGAUGGCUUGGACACCAGUAACGGUCAACGUAUGCAGUACAAUGGCAAUGAAUCUGAUACAGAUGUGCGAAUGCGUUCUUCAGAACGUCUUUCGAUGGGCUAUUCGCCGGAUCGCAGCACCGAAGUGGAGAGUCCAGGCUCCAAGCGCGCCCGCCUUUCCAACGAAACUGAUCAAGAUACCGGUUCCGAAUCCUCGCCCAGCAGCCCCCGCAUGAAGGGUCGCAACUACAAUGACUCUGGCAAUCAUUCACCCACACGCACUGGUCCACCCAGCUCACCCGAGUCCGAUUUGGAUGUCGACUCUGCGCCUGAUGAAGCAACUCCGGAGAAUCUUAGCUUGAAAAAAGAGGACUCCAAUUCGCCGCCAAACACGCCCGCUGACAACUUACAUUUGCUACGCACCUUCAACAAUGGCGCCGCGCAAGGUUUUAUCCCAUAUCAUCACUCGCAGUUCCUUGCCGCUGCCAUGCCUGCUGCAGCUGCCGCCGCGGCCGUGGGAGUACAUCCACACAAUCAGCAUUCACCACAUGCGCAACACCACCACCACCAUCAACAUCAUGCACAGCAUCAGCAGCAGCAACAGCAACAACAACAGCAGCAUGCACUGCCGCUAGCUAUGGCCCAGCAACAAAUGCAGGCGGGACAGCCGCAACAACGCUCACCCGUCGACGUGCUGUUGCGCGUUUUUCCCAAUAGACGUCGCAGCGAUGUUGAGCAGCUGCUAGCGCGUUAUCGUGGCGACGUACUGCAGGCUAUGGAAGCAAUGCUCUCCGGCGAAGAUAUGACGCAGGCACUAGCCUCGGCGGCAGUUGCUGCAGCUGCCGCGUCGGCCGCAGCAUCGCCCCCCAAUGUGCCGCCUUCACCACCAUUUCCGCUCAAGUCAGCAUUCUCACCGCUGGUACCACCCGCCGCAGUGUUUGGUUCGCCGACGCACCGGUACCCGCCGUUCAUGCAGGCGCAUGCGAAACGUUUCUUAGCCGGCCCCUACGCAGGUGCUGCUUACCUGCCAGGUGUGCUGCCGCCGGAUGUGGUCGAUCAAGCGGAGUCAAAUGGCGGCACUUCCAUGGAUCGCAAUAGCAAUGCCGGCGAUUCGCAAGAUUGAAAAAGUUGCUUGGUAGAGAGUCAUUUGAGCAUGUUCAGGCCGUAUGUGUAGCGCACAUAAAAAUCCACAAAAUUUAAAAAUGCAUAUUAAUUAAUUGUACAUACAUUUUCUGUAAAUACCGAAAUACAAUGUUGGAGAGGAAAUAAAAAAAAAAAAAUUAAUAUCAAACUAGGGAACAAUCAACAAAUAAAUAUGCAUUUUCGCCAGUGUUAACAAAUAAUUAGUGUAUUUUAUUCAAAUAUGUCUUGAAACGAAUAAUGUUUAGAGUUUCGUUCUGUUUAAAAUUUUAAUUGAUUUUCAGUUGUAGAAAAACUUAUAUCUAGCUCUAGUUAACCAAUAACUAAAUACUUACAGUACUUAAAAAAAUAGAAUUACAUAUGAGUUCUAGACAAAAGGAAAUCAAUAAUCAACACAAAAACUAUAUAAUAAAGAUUUUGAAUAAAUUUAAAUGAAGUGAAUAUGUAUUAAAAAUAUAAAAUUGUAGUUUCUAAUUUUAAGAACAAUUAUGUAUUAUCUAUUGUAAAACUAAAAAUACUGUG